CCCCAACCGCACACCCACCCAAACCAAACCACCAAUACCGGUACUUAAUCAAACCCAAUUCAGCCUCCUCCUUCAACUAAACCAUGUCUAAAAAGCGAAAACACACCUCUGCGCCCUCCUCUUCCUUCACCAAGCACCCGCACCCGCACAAAAUGCAAAAACUAACUCCGCAACCCCACCACCACCACCACCACCGAAAACUCAACCACCCCAAAUCCAAACACAAACCGAUCGCCAAGCAACCCCCACCACCACCGCAAAAACUCCCUACCCUCUUCCACCCCAGCUCGAGAAUCCUCCUCCUGGGCGAAGGGGAUUUCUCCUUCGCUGCCUCGCUGGUGCGUCACCACCACGUCCGACACUUGACAGCGACGAGCUUAGAUAGUGAAGCGGAGUUAUUAGAAAAGUACCCGCAGGCAGCGGGGAAUAUUGCCCUAGUACGGGGGAUGGUUGGCGGUGGGGGGGUGGUGGUGCAUGGUGUUGAUGCCGGGGCAGUGGAGAGAGUUAAAGCUGUGAGGAAGCGGCGAUUCGACGUAAUUGCUUUCAUGUUCCCGCACAUUGGCGGAAAAAGUACGCACCUGGAUCGUCAGGUGCGUGAUAAUCAACAACUCCUCCAAUCAUUCUUCGCAGCGGCGAAACCUCUCCUGUCACCUCGUGGCGUAAUUGUCGUCACAUUGUUCGAAGGCAAGCAUUACGAGCUCUGGGACAUCAAGGGGUUGGCAAGGGCUGUUGGAUUUCAGACUCGGACGAGUUUCAAGUUUGUGCCUGAGGAUUAUCCGGGUUAUGCGCAUGCCAGGACACUUGGGAAUAUUAGUGGUGGCGGGCGGUGGAAGGGGGAGGAGAGGGAUGCGAGGACCUUCAUUUUUGAGGUGGGUGAUCGGGAGCGUGAUACUGGUAGUGGUAAGCAGAGAAAGAGGAAAAAACGGGACGGUAGCCCCGAUGAAGACUGA